GUACCCGCAAUCGAAUCCUCUUUCCCCCCAACCCCGAAAAGCCUUUCCCUCUCUAAUUUUUCUCGCCUUUGUUCGACUCUUAACCCUAACCCCUCCUCUUCCCGGUAAAAUUUUUCGUUAAUUUUGACGGAAAAUUGAUCGAGGAAAUAAGAAUGCAACAUCAGAGAUUGAAGCAACAACAACAACAAGCUUUGAUGCAGCAAGCUUUGCUUCAGCAACAAUCUCUUUAUCAUCCUGGUCUUUUAGCUCCCCCUCAGCUUGAACCAAUUCCAAGUGGAAAUUUACCCCCAGGCUUUGAUCCAAGCACCUGCCGCAGUGUGUACGUGGGAAAUAUACAUACACAAGUAACAGAGCCACUUCUUCAAGAGGUUUUCGGGAGUACAGGCCUUGUUGAAAACUGCAAGCUUGUCAGGAAGGAGAAGUCAUCCUAUGGAUUUAUUCACUAUUUUGAUCGCAGAUCGGCUGCUAUGGCUAUUUUGUCACUUAAUGGGAGGCAUUUGUUUGGGCAGCCUAUCAAAGUAAAUUGGGCUUAUGCUAGUGGUCAAAGAGAGGAUACAUCAGGUCAUUUCAACAUCUUUGUGGGUGAUCUUAGUCCUGAAGUUACUGAUUCUACUCUGUUUGCAUGCUUCUCUGUAUUCCCUAGCUGUUCCGAUGCGAGAGUUAUGUGGGAUCAGAAGACUGGGCGUUCAAGGGGAUUUGGUUUUGUUUCCUUUCGCAACCAACAGGAUGCUCAAAGUGCAAUAAAUGACCUGACUGGUAAGUGGCUUGGAAGUCGACAGAUUCGCUGCAACUGGGCUACCAAAGGUGCUGGAUCCAAUGAAGACAAGCAGAGCUCAGAUGUUAAAAGCAUUGCAGAACUUACGAAUGGAUCAUCUGAAGAUGGUAAAGAGACGGUUAAUAGUGAUGCCCCGGAGAACAAUCCUCAGUACACUACUGUUUAUGUUGGCAAUCUUGCUCCAGAGGCGACGCAGGUUGAUCUUCAUCGCCAUUUUCAUGCUCUUGGGGCUGGUGUGAUUGAGGAGGUUCGCAUCCAGCGCGAUAAAGGUUUUGGUUUUGUUAGAUAUAGCACUCAUGCUGAGGCAGCUUUGGCUAUUCAGAUGGGGAAUACUCAGUCAUUUCUUUGCGGAAAACAGAUCAAGUGCUCUUGGGGAAGCAAACCAACUCCACCUGGAACUAUCUCGAACCCACUUCCUCCGCCUGCAGCAGUUCCGAUGCAGGGGCUGUCCGCAACUGACCUCUUAACAUAUGAGCGGCAACUGGCAAUGAGCAAAAUGGGGGGCGUCCAUGCUCUUAUGCACCACCCCCAGGCUCCACAUCCUUUAAAGCAGGCAGCAGCCAUGGGGAUGGGUGGUGCUGCUGGCUCAAGUCAAGCCAUCUAUGAUGGUGGGUUUCAGAACGUUGCUGCAGCUCAGCAGCUCAUGUAUUAUCAGUAAGAGGCUGAGGAGGAGGAGAGAUGUAUACAAAAUGGAGUGCUUGGUUGAAUCUCAUCUUUUUUUUCUUUUCUUUUCUUUUCUUUUCUUUUCUUUUCUUUUUUUCUUGUGGAGAGUUGUCUGAUGAGCCUUAGUGUAUGAUCCUUUUUUACUUUUUAAUUUGUGUUUGAGUUUUCAGUAGUGUUUAUGGAAAGAUGAUAUCAUUGUGUACCCGAGUAUCCUUGGUGGUGGUGGUGGUAUUUAGGAGAGGACACACUAGUUGGGUAUAGCCUUGGUAUUCUAGUUUUUCUUUCUUUUUUUUUUC